AACAUACUUAACUAGCCUAGAGCGUAGGUAUAAUAUAUGUACCUAACCUACCUACUAUUUUUCUUGUCUUUCUUUGCCAGUUUUCCAAAAAAUAAAUUGUGUAUUCAAAUUGGGGUCAUUUACUUUCAAUUGAAUAAAAAUGUUGCAACCAGUCAUGCACAUUUUGAAACACAAAAAUAUUAUUUUAGCUAGUGGCUCACCGAGGCGAAAGGAGCUCAUUGAAAACAUUGGAUUAAAAGUGACACUUUGUCCUUCUGAAUUCGAAGAGAACUUAAACCCAUCGGAUUUCGGUAGUUUCCCCGAGUUUGUUGAGGAAACAGCGCUGCAGAAAGCUUUGGAGGUUGAGACCAGGUUGACUCGAGAGGGUCGACCGCCAGACAUGGUCAUAGCGGCAGAUACAAUGGUGACGCUUGACGGGAAGAUGUUCGGGAAACCAAAGGACAAACAGGAGGCCUUCGAUAUGUUGUCGAGACUUUCCGGCAAAGAGCAUACAGUGUACACAGGAGUUGUGAUCAAAGUUAACAAAGAAGUGGUAAAAUUCACAGAAAACACUAAGGUGUUUUUUGGAUCAAUUGAUGAAGAUCAGAUAAAUGCCUACAUUGAGACUGGAGAACCUAUGGACAAAGCGGGAGGCUACGGCAUCCAGGGAGUGGGGGGCACCUUUGUGGAAAGGGUCGAGGGUGACUAUUUCACGGUUGUCGGCUUUCCACUCUACAGGACCACUUCUGUGUUGUACAAAAUGUUCAAAAAUUUCCUUAACAUGCCUACUUGUACUACUCUGACUGUGGUACCAUUUUGAUUAUUAUAUUGUACAUUGUUCAUUAAGACAUAUAAGUAAAAUCGGUAUAGAUAUUCAGUUAUCUGAAUCUGGAGAGUUGGAGUUCACAUUAUUUGUAACAUCUGUUUAUCACUUAAAUAACUGUUUAAAACAUUUUACAUUAUGAAAGCUAGAUAAGUUUAUAUUAGGGAUCCCCCAUGAGGCUGACAUAGUCACACAAAGUGCACUCAAGCCUUGUCAAAAAUUUAGAAGAAAAAAAAAACAUUUUAACCCCCACUUUGGUACUCCUAAACAGUGAAGGAAAAUCGACUUUUUCGUUUGAAAGGUGAUUUAAAGUAUAUUAUACGAUAAUUUACGAGUAUUGUAGCCAUGAUUCAAUGUCGUGGAUAAUUUUUCUUCAUCAUUAAUCUGAGCGUGUUCUGGUUGCUAUCUCAACCGUUGAACAGUCUGAGCUGCCGGUCGCUGGCAUCUCUAGUUGUCAAACCACUGGCACGCAUAUCGUACUUGACGACAUCAAGCCAGCAUUUCUUGGGUUUGCCUCAUUUGUCAGGGCCAGGCAGGAGCUGCAUUUCCUCCCUACGUAAUUUGUGCCUUAAUCAGAUGUAUAGGCGAUAAACUGUUGUUUCAAAGUUGGUGAAAUUACAUACUUUUUUUUUAAUAGUGAUGUAAGAAUGCCCAGAUACAAAAUGGCGCGACGCCAGGGUUAUGGGCAACGUGUCAGAUGUGUUCUUCCGGCGACGUAAUGACAUGUGCUUUUUAUUAGUAGUUCUUUUAUACGUUUAUGGAAUCAUGUAAUGCCAAUACAAAAUAAAUAAAUACCUAGUUUA